AUUUUGGACCCCAAAUUUAAUGGGAUCAAUUGGGAACCACUCCACAUGAUAUUAGUACCUGCAAAACAAAUAAAAAUGGGUUAGAAGACCUACCUUGGCCGGCCAUAAUGGAGGGGAGCUGCACAUGACUUGAUAGGAAUCAAAGCUUGGGCCACCAUCCUUAUUUUCGCACAAAUUGGUGUGCUGUUUGUCUCCUCUCAUUACAGAAGCUAUACUCGACCAAACAACGUGAAUAAUAUGUCCUUGGAUAGCCUUUGAAGUCUAUUAUCUCAAUUGAGUGGUCUUUGUUCGAGGAGAGAAGGCUUAUCUUACCAAAAUCGAUCUGGAACGAGCAGAGGUCUGUGAACUCGAGCUGUGAGAGUGCUGAUACUGUUUGGUCGAUAUCUCGAGUUUUACAAAUCCAAUUAAGGCGUGUGAGAUACCCACAGAAAGCUCUCAAGACGAGGAAUCCGUGAAGGUCUGGUUUGCAGGAAUCGGAGUUGUGGAAGGCUUCCAAAUCGUCCGAGCAAAACACAACCUCGCAGGAGAGGAUUUAAUCUUCUAAAGGAAACGAGUUGACCGGGAAACACCCGUUCUAGGGGCUGUUUUCGUAUCAACGAUUAAGGGUUGAACUAGCACUUUGAGGAGGCUGUUUAACACUCAUAUUUGAGCAAGGAAUCAGUUCCAAAUCCACCUUGACCAAAGCUUUGACCAUUGGACCAAGAAGGGAAAGUUUAAAGCUCAAUUGAGGUUGAGGCUAGAGCUUGCUUCCUGUGCUCGUUGCCCGAGUGAUUUCCCCGGAGAGAAGACUUGAAAUGGACCGUGGUGGCAAGGUAACUAGGAGGAACCCUUUGGGCCAUGCACCCGAGGAGACUAGGCAAGGCAGUCGUAGGACCUCUAGGGCAUCUAGAGGAGCGGGCCGUGGAGGCCAAUCACGGACCGUGAGUGACGGUCAUGUGAGCACCGAAAGUGACAGCUACUGGUCCUAUGAGGACUCGACCUAUCGACCGGAAACAGAACCGGUUGAAACCCCUUAUGAAGGGGAUGAUGAUGAUGUAAGUGAUGAGGAGGAAAAUGGCUCCUUGGCACGGAUUGAGGCGCUACUCCAACAGUAUCACCGUGAGCGUGAAGAGAGGAGGGAACGCCGAAGGCGCCGGGCUGGGCAACCUUCGGGCAUGGCUUCAAGAGGAGGAAGUCAUGGUGCAUCUAGAGUCCAUGUGGAACCACAUGGAGGCCAAAAUGAUGGAGGUCCAAUCAUAAGGAUCUCCAAAUACAUCAAAGAGGCACGAGACUUGGGGUGCAAACCGUUUGAUGGGACGGGUGACAUCUCCGUUUCGGCACAAUGGAUUAAGCGGCUGAAUGAGGCAGCCCUGGACAUGCAACUCACCCCCGAAUAUAAACUAAGGGUUGCGGUGAGAUUGCUUGAAGGUAUGGCAUCCAAGUGGUGGGAUGGGACCAAAGGCAAAUAUGGCGAGACCGUCACUUGGGAGAAUUUCUGACAGGAAUUCUUUGCCCAAUAUUACUCGGAUUUUGAGGUAAACAAGAAAGUGAGGGAAUACACCCUUCUAACCCAAGGGGGUAACAUGACGGUGAGGGAACUUGAGUACAAGUUCAGGGAUCUUGCCGAUUACAUACCUGAGUACGCUUGUGACGAGAACCGGAUGGUGAACCACUUCUGGGAUGCCCUAGACUUGGAGAUACGUGACAGGGCAACACAAUUGCCUAACAUGACGUUUGCCCAAGUGGUUGACCAAGGGUUGAAAGGAGAGAAGCAAUGGGAAGAAAGGAAGAAGAGAGACGCCGAGGAGGCGAAAAAGAGAAAGUGGGAGAGUCAUGGCUCCCUAGGUUCCAACAAAAAGGGUAACCACGGAGGAGGAUCUUUCCGGGCACCACCGCCACCAUAUAGGGGGAACCAAGGCCCGAGUGGGCAAGGCGCGAGGUCACAAACCUCAGUGGUAGCUCGUUGCAACAAUUGCAAGAAGAACCACUCCGGUAAAUGUCGCGACCCCCCCUAGAUGUUUUCAAUGCGGGGAUGCCGGGCAUUUGAAGGCACAUUGCCCACAAUUGAGUGGGGCAAGGACAUCGGGACCGAGUAGCGGUCCGACGGGUACACGGAACCAAACCGGGGCUUCUCAAGCAAGCCGGGGACACGGGGGGGCAAGUACAAGUAACGCACCAUCCGUGAAUCAAGGAAGAACUCAAGCUAGAGUCUAUGCGAUGACGGAGGCGGAUGCCCAAGCGAACCCGGAUUCCGUUGCAGGUAUUUAUCUCAUUAAAAUGUGGUAAAUUUGCCGUACUUAUGUGUACACACCUUUGGGAUUAAGCCCCGAACGCUUUAAGAUCAAAAUGGGCAUGUUUGAGAUUAAAAUGUGCAAAAAAGGGGGGCAACCGGCGCCGGACUUCGCAUAACCGGCGCCGGAGAGAGCGAUGAGGCGGGCCUGUUUGGAACCGGCUCUCUCCAACCGGCGCAUAACCGGGGCAGAUUUCCAGCCAACCGGCGCCGGCCACUGGCCAACCGGCGCCGGACAUGCCCUGGGAUGAGCCUGUGUCCGACCGGCUCCCCAUAACCGGCGCUCACAGCCUGCGACACCACCCAACCGGCGCCGGACCUUCCCUGGAGCGAGCCUGUGUGGAACCGGCCCACUAUGACUGGUGCAGCUGGGACGUUUAACCCGGGCAACCGGCGCCGGUCAGGCCCGAACCGGCGCCGGUCCGAAGCUGUUUUCGUCCAAAAAUUUUCCGUAUCAAAACGGGGCCCACCCUGUUUGAAUGGUAAAUGCACCCUAACCCUAAAUAAAGUUUAGAAAUGUUAGGAAUGGUGUCUUACAUGGCUUAUAAAUGUAGGAACAUUAAAGAUUAAUGGGAAGGAUGCACGAAUUCUUAUCGAUACCGGAGCGCAACGUUCAUUCGUGAGUGAGGCGUUCGCCGAGGAUUUAGGGAUACAAUCAAUCCCAAUGACACAAACUCUAGUGGUAUCAACACCACUAGGGGAUGACAUUGAAAGAGCUACUUACUAUCCAUCUUGUGAGGUGGAAAUCGAUGGCCAAACCUUGACGUGUGAUUUCGUACCGCUGAGUAUGAUGGAGUUCGAUGCAAUCCUAGGGAUGGAUUGGCUAGAAAAGCAUCAUGCUAGGGUAGAUUGCUACACGAAGGUUUUGGAACUCGAAGGCAAUGAUGGGGACACCCUACGCUUCGAGGGGGAUCGAGGCAAAUCAAACAGUUGUAUCAUAUCCGCUGUGAGAGCGAGAAGUAUGAUAAGAAAGGGGUGUCACGCAUAUCUAGCAUACGUGGUUGACAAAACCAAGGAGGAAACAAACAUCGACGACGUGAGGGUGGUUUGUAAGUAUCCGGAUGUCUUUCCUAAAGACCUACCGGGGCUUCCACCUGAUAGGGAGAUUGAAUUUGCGAUCGAGGUCGAGCCUGGUACCAAACCAAUCUCCAUACCGCCAUACCGUAUGGCACCCGCUGAACUUAACGAGUUGAAAACCCAAUUGCAAGAGCUUUUAGAUAAUGGUUUCAUUAGACCAAGCCACUCCCCGUGGGGAGCACCAGUUCUUUUUGUGAAAAAGAAAGAUGGGACACUCCGAAUGUGCAUUGACUAUCGUCAACUGAACAAGGUCACAAUCAAGAAUAGGUAUCCUUUGCCUAGGAUUGAUGACUUAUUUGAUCAACUACGAGGGGCAACCGUGUUUUCAAAGAUUGACUUGAGGUCGGGGUACCACCAAUUGAAGAUUAAGGAGGAUGACAUACCAAAGAGUGCUUUCCGCACAAGGUAUGGGCAUUUUGAAUUCCUUGUUAUGUCGUUUGGGUUAACAAACGCCCCGGCGGCAUUCAUGGACUUGAUGAACCGAGUAUUUCAUAAAUACUUGGACCGAUUCGUGAUUGUGUUCAUAGAUGACAUCUUGAUUUACUCAAGGAGUGAAGAAGAGCAUGAAGAGCAUUUGAUACUUGUUCUUGAGACACUACGGGAGAAGCAACUCUAUGCCAAAUUUUCUAAAUGUGAAUUUUGGCUAAAGGAGAUUGGCUUCCUCGGGCACGUGGUUUCGGGAUCGGGAAUUGCUGUUGAUAACAAGAAGAUAGAAGCCAUUACCGAAUGGGAGAGGCCAAAGAACGUCAAGGAAAUUCGUAGUUUCCUGGGAUUGGCAGGCUACUACAGGAAGUUCGUGGAGAAGUUCUCUGUUUUGGCAUCACCAUUGACGAAGCUCACUCGUAAAGGAGCUAAGUUUGUAUGGGAUGACAAAUGUGAGAAGGGGUUCAUGGAACUAAAGAAACGAUUGACCGAGGCACCGGUACUUGCAUUACCCAAACAGGGUGUGGGGUACGAUGUCUAUAGCGAUGCGAGCAUCCAAGGGCUUGGGUGUGUACUGAUGCAGAAUGGGAGGGUAAUCGCCUAUGCUUCACGACAGUUGAAGAAGCAUGAGGUGAAUUAUCCUACUCAUGAUUUGGAGCUGGGGGCAGUGGUGUUUGCACUGAAGAUAUGGAGACAUUAUCUCUACGGGGAGACAUGUCACAUAUACACUGAUCACAAAAGCUUGAAAUACGUGUUUACUCAGAAAGAGCUAAACAUGAGACAGAGACGGCGGAUGGAGUUGAUAAAAGACUACCAUCUAGUGAUAGAGUAUCACCCCGGCAAGGCAAACGUGGUAGCAGAUGCUUUGAGCCGGAAGAGCUCGUCUGGGGCAUUGCUAGCUAAUUUGAGGGCAUUAAGAGCCCAAUUGGAGGUAUCCAGCGAUGGUGCCUUAUUGGCACGAUUUGAGGUGAGACCUACCUUACUUGAUGAGAUCAAGAAGGGUCAGGAAACUGGCGAAGAAAUUAUGAAGAUCCGGGAACGCAUGCAAGCGGGACCGGUGGAGGACUUCAGAGAAAGAGAUGACGGUCUCUUAUUAUUUCGUGACCGAGUGUGUGUACCGGCGGAUGAUGAGCUCCGAAAGUCCAUCUUAGAGGAGGCUCAUUCAUCGGCUUAUGCCAUGCACCCGGGGGGCACGAAAAUGUACCGUGAUUUGAAAGAAAGUUACCGGUGGUCUGGAAUGAAGAGGGAAAUAGCCGAGUACAUCAGUCGAUGCCUUACUUGCCAACAAGUUAAGGCAGAACAUCAGCAUCCAGCAGGCUUGUUACAACCACUUUCCAUUCCUGAGUGGAAGUGGGAACAUGUGACUAUGGAUUUCGUGGUAGGUUUACCACGGACGAUUCGGAACUAUGAUGCAGUUUGGGUUGUUGUGGAUAGGCUCACGAAGAGUGCACACUUUUUGCCUAUCAAUACUACCUACCCACUUGAGAGGUUAGCCAAAUUAUAUACGGAUGAGAUUGUGAGGCUGCAUGGGGUCCCAGUGACCAUUGUAUCCGAUAGAGACCCACGAUUCACAUCACGUUUUUGGCCGAAAUUUCAGGAGUCUAUGGGAACAAGGUUGAAGUUCAGUACUGCUUUCCACCCACAGACGGAUGGACAGUCUGAAAGAGUCAUACAGAUCUUGGAAGACAUGUUGAGGGCUUGUGCAUUGGAGUUCCAAGGAAGUUGGGACAACCACUUAGCACUUGUGGAGUUUGCUUAUAACAACAGUUAUCAGGCAAGCAUCGGCAUGCCUCCAUACGAGGCAUUGUAUGGGAGGAGGUGUCGUACACCGUUAUGCUGGGACGAGGUUGGCAUGGCCAAACUCGAGGGUACUGAGUUGGUUGAGGUCACCAAAUCAAAGGUGAAAUUGAUUCGAGAGAGACUCAAAGCGGCUCAGGAUAGGCAAAAGAGUUAUGCAGAUAAGCGUCGAAGAACCUUAGAGUUUAAGGUUGAUGACGAGGUAUUCUUGAAAGUUUCUCCUUGGAAAGGAAUCAUUCGAUUUCAAACCCGAGGGAAGCUUAACCCACGGUACAUAGGUCCAUUCAGAAUUAUAGAGAGGAUUGGGGCUGUUGCAUAUCGUCUACAGUUGACUCCUGAGUUAGAGAAGAUACAUAAUGUGUUUCACGUAUCCAUGCUUAAGAAGUAUGUGCAUGAUCCCUCUCACGUAUUGGAGAAGCCACCUGUAGAGGUACGUGAGGAUUUGAACUACUCCGUUCAACCUAUCAAGGUCACCGAUAGAAAGGUGAAGAAACUGAGGAGCAAGGAAGUCCCAAUGGUUAAAGUCCUGUGGAAGAGCGAUCGGGUCGAAGAAGAGACAUGGGAAACAGAGGCUUUGAUGAGGAAGCAGUAUGCUUUCCUAUUCGAGUAGAGCUGUGAAUUUCGGGGACGAAAUUCCUGUUAAGGGGGGGUGAACUUGUGACACCGCACCCGAAUGUCCUUGGAAAUUUGAUUUGAAUAUUCAUAGCUUAUGUAUUGGAUUUCCGAUUCCCAAACAUUUUGUAAAACGAUCAAUGUUCUACGUAGUGCAUGGUUGAAUAUCGUACUGUUCAAACUCGUACAUUAGUGUCGGGUUUCGCAAAUACUUACUCGGGACUUAUUAAUAAAUAAAAAAGCCCAACAUUACCUAAAUAGUGAAAGAAUGAUUAAAGGAGAAUACAAAUGUCUAUAACCCCAUCUUUGGCAUUAUUGAGCUAAAUAAUGGGAGUAGGAUUUUCCUUCUAAAAUAUCCAUCAAGUAAAUUAUUGGGAUGAGCCUACACAUAUUGGAGAUCAAUAAUGUGAUUUAGGAAGUUGACUUGUUCUAAAUAAAUUAGGAUGAGUACAAAAAGACAUCUUUGACAAAGAUAAAACAAUAGGACCCAUCUUCCCAUUUUUGGAAGUAUUGGUAGAUAUUUUGGACCCCAAAUUUAAUGGGAUCAAUUGGGAACCACUCCACAUGAUAUUAGUACCUGCAAAACAAAUAAAAAUGGGUUAGAAGACCUACCUUGGCCGGCCAUAAUGGAGGGGAGCUGCACAUGACUUGAUAGGAAUCAAAGCUUGGGCCACCAUCCUUAUUUUCGCACAAAUUGGUGUGCUGUUUGUCUCCUCUCAUUACAGAAGCUAUACUCGACCAAACAACGUGAAUAAUAUGUCCUUGGAUAGCCUUUGAAGUCUAUUAUCUCAAUUGAGUGGUCUUUGUUCGAGGAGAGAAGGCUUAUCUUACCAAAAUCGAUCUGGAACGAGCAGAGGUCUGUGAACUCGAGCUGUGAGAGUGCGGAUACUGUUUGGUCGAUAUCUCGAGUUUUACAAAUCCAAUUAAGGCGUGUGAGAUACCCACAGAAAGCUCUCAAGACGAGGAAUCCGUGAAGGUCUGGUUUGCAGGAAUCGGAGUUGUGGAAGGCUUCCAAAUCGUCCGAGCAAAACACAACCUCGCAGGAGAGGAUUUAAUCUUCUAAAGGAAACGAGUUGACCGGGAAACACCCGUUCUAGGGGCUGUUUUCGUAUCAACGAUUAAGGGUUGAACUAGCACUUUGAGGAGGCUGUUUAACACUCAUAUUUGAGCAAGGAAUCAGUUCCAAAUCCACCUUGACCAAAGCUUUGACCAUUGGACCAAGAAGGGAAAGUUUAAAGCUCAAUUGAGGUUGAGGCUAGAGCUUGCUUCCUGUGCUCGUUGCCCGAGUGAUUUCCCCGGAGAGAAGACUUGGUUCGUGCUUCCUCCAUUCUGUUUUAGAACAUUAAUAAACAUGCUCAUGGAUAUUUUACUUUAGAGCCUGCGUGCUCAUGUUUGCCCUGUGUGGCCCUUUUGUUUUAAACAAUGUUUUCCGCUGCGUAUUCAAUUGUUUAUUAUGUAUGUUUAUGGAUGACUUAUGUGUGAAUGAUAUUCAUGACGCCUUGUAUAAUAUGAAUGUGUUGGACUGCGGUUGACUAUUCGUAUUGUACGGCGGGUUGUUGACGUGUCCGGGGAGGUCCGGGGCGUGACACAUUUGAGGCUGUGGUCCCCUGUGCCAAUUAUGAAUAGAAAAACACUUUCAUUUUUUAGGCAUAAUACACUUAAUGUUGAUCGUAUUCUAA